UGCGAACAAGUUGAGGAUGCAAUUCCGAGGCACUGUUUUGAUUGGUUGCAGACAACGCCGGUUUGUGCAAAACAGAACACCCUAGUGGGCAUUAGUGAUUCAGCCGUUGAGCGGUGUGGACGAUCUGCUGAUCUGAAAUCACGUAAGAAAAUCAAAAAUGUCCGACGAAGAAGUCCACUACAAAAGGGGUCGCAAGGAAGCCACCAAAAGAUCCAAAAAGGAAACCAAAGAAGAUUCCAACAAUGAGGAGGAGGUGCCCGUAAAGCGAGGCCGUGGCAGGCCCAAGGGGUCAACAAACAAGGGUAAGGAAAAAGCGAAGGCCAACGGCACGGGCAGAAGGGGUAGAUCCAAGGUAGAAAAACCAGAACCCAAAGAAGAUUCUGCCGAUGAGGAUAAGAAUGGCGACAAGAGCAGUGAUGAAGAAGAAGAUGAUUAAACAUUUUUAAGUUCCGUUUUAAAUAUUUUCCGUGUUUGCCUUGUCUUUGUAUAUAUUUAAGUUGAUUAAGCCUAAAUUAUCAUUUUUAUGUUAACUAAUCCUAAUUUACAACAUUUGAACUGAUCUGAAUCUCAUUCCAUUAUAUUUGAUUUUAUUUUGUAAGUACGUAUAUGUAUUUCAGUUUAAUGAAAUAAAAGUUUAAGUAUUUUU